AUCGACGUACAAACACCCUGAGACGACAUGGUAUUCACGCGUAUACCAUUGCUUUUGACCCUCCUCCAUCUUCUCGCCACCGCUGAACAGCCCACCGCCCCCGAACCCAUCGCCGCUCCGCUCCGAGAGCUUCCCUGGGGCCAGCUCAACUUCCUGCACACCACAGACACGCAUGGCUGGCAUGGAGGACAUCUACAAGAAGCUCAGUACUCGGCCGACUGGGGCGACUAUAUCUCAUUCGCCCAUCAUUUGCACCGAAAGGCCGAUGCCGAUGGCAGCGAUUUGCUGCUCAUUGACACCGGCGAUAGGGUAGAGGGCAAUGGGUUGUACGACGCCAGCGAUCCCAAGGGCAAGUACACAUUCGAUGUUGUGAAGCACCAGGCCAUCGAUGUCAUCACUAGCGGAAACCAUGAGCUCUACAAGCAGAACACCAGCGACAACGAGUUCAACAAGGUUGUACCGGACUUCAGCGACGCAUACAUUGCGAGUAACCUCGACAUCUUCAAUCCCAAGACAGGGGAACAAGUGCCUCUUGCAAAGAGAUAUCGCAAGUUUACCACCAAGAACCAGGGCAUCCGAAUCGUGGCGUUUGGCUAUCUCUUCAACUUCAAGGGCAAUGCGAACAACACUGUCGUUACGCCCGUGGAAGACACGAUCAAGGAGCAGUGGUUCAAGGAUGCAAUUUCUGACAAAGAGGUGGACUUGUUCCUCGUGGCAGGACAUGUGCCGGUGAGGGAUAGUCCAGAGUUCGAGGCAGUCUACAAAGCUAUUCGUAGCGAGAACUGGGACAAACCCAUCGUGUUCUUUGGAGGACAUACACAUAUACGCGACUAUCGCAAAUUCGACAAGAAGGCAUGGGGCUUAGAGAGUGGACGCUACAUGGAGACUCUAGGCUUCUUGUCGAUAGAUGGUCUGACCACUGGCAAGAAAGACGACAGUCUACAGGCCGCAAAGUCCUUGGACUAUCGCAGAUUGUACAUUGACAACAACCUCUUCUCGCUACACCACCACUCUGGGACGAAUAAGUCCUCGUUCGGAACUGAACUAGGCAUGAAUGUCUCGAAAUCCAUCUCGAAAGCGAGAGAAGACCUCAAGCUAGAUCGUACCUUUGGUUGUGCACCGCAUGACUACUGGCUGAAUCGUGCACCUUACCCUGCAGAUGACAGCUUGCUCACCUGGCUAGAGACUCAAGUGCUCCCGGACACUCUCAAUCACACGAAGACGCCCACCAUUGCUCUCACGAACACUGGCGCCAUUCGCUUCGAUAUCUUCAAAGGCCCGUUCACGAUCGACUCCACGUUUCUUGUCUCUCCCUUCACGAGCGGUUUCAAAGUGCUCAACAAUGUACCGUACAAGGCCGCAAGCAAGGUCCUGAAUAUUCUGAACAAUCAAGGACCCAUCCUGCUGACCGACAUGCUGGCCAUGGCAGGCGAAGACGAAAACAAAUUGAGAGAACUGGCACCGCAUCAUCCAGUACGCGCAGAGUCUCUGCACUCAUCUGACGAAGCGCCCGAGAGGCUCCAUCUCCUUCUGAGCCAGACUCCCUUGGACAGCGGCGAUGACAAAUACACACCACAAGUGCCUGGCUACACGACGAAAGAUGAUGCUGGUACUGAUGGCGAUGACACGAUACAUCAGCCAAUACGGUUCUACAACGUACCAAACGUGAUUGGGACAAAUGUCAGCUUCCCUGCAACAGAGGGCGAGCCCGAGAAGGUUGAUUUAGUAUACAACGAAUUCAUCGAGAGCUGGGUUCUACUUGCGCUGAGGUACUUGGGCGAGAAACGUGAAGCAACAGAUGCAAGCUUCGCGAUUGAUGGCAAGACUUUGACGGAUGUCUUGUCUAAUUGGGUGCAGUCACAUUGGGCGUGCGAGGAAUAACAUGCCUGUGCUACGAAAUUAUGAAUUCUUGAUUCACUUU